UUUGCCAUAAAUAAUUGAACUGGGAUUCAUCAUGAAGUCUCACUGCCUUGCUUCUGUGAUAAUAUACGGAAAGAAGAAGCAUCUGGUCAACUAUGAACAAAGCAAACCAGAUACUAAGAUAAAAGAUGCUACGGAAAAUCAAAAAUGGGUAAAGCAAACUGGAGUCCACGUUGAUCAGAAGGAGAAGUAAUUCUCCUUAGAGAACUCUUACAGUUCACCAGAGAAUCUUGCAACAUCUGUGCCCUGUUGUGGAUGGCUCCCAGAAAUUAGUGUCUAAUUUUUAGCCACUGGGAAGAAAUAAAAUUUCCUAUCACUUUCUGUGUAUCUGUUCUGGCAUUCUAGGACACUGGAAUUGAAAUGCAUUAACGAAAACCGAACACAUAGACACAAAAGCCUGGCUAUUGAUUUCACCUCAGAAGAUUAGAAAUGGUGGAUUUCAUCUCUAUCAUUUGGAAAUCAUUUCCCAAGGAAUUGAAAUAAAUCCUAAGUCUAGAUCUCUUUUUGUUCACUGAUGGAAUCCACCAGACAAACAUCCCCCCCAGGGAACCACAGCACAAUGACGGGCUUCAUCUUGAUUGGCUUUUCUGAUGUCCCUGGCCUCCAAGGCUUUCUUUUUGGUGUGUUUUUGCUAAUCUAUGUGAUCAUUCUAAUGGGGAAUACCCUUAUUAUCAUAAUAACCAAGACUGAUUCUUUACUCCAGACCCCCAUGUACUUUUUCCUGGGGAAUUUUUCCUUUUUAGAAAUAUGUUAUGUGUCAGUUACCAUUCCCAGAAUGUUAAGGGAUCUUUGUAGACAAAACAGACACAUUUCCAUCCUGGCUUGUGCUGUGCAGAUGUAUUUCUUUCUGAUUCUGGGAGUCACAGAAUGCUUUAUACUCACUGCAAUGGCUUAUGACAGGUAUGUUGCCAUCUGCCACCCGUUAAUCUACCCUCUCAUCAUGAACUAUAGGCGGUGUGUCAGACUGGCAGCUGCCUGUUGGAUUAGCGGUAUUCCAGUCCACAUAGGUUUCACCUACCAGAUCUUUUCUCUCCCAUUCUGUGGAUCUCAUCAGUUGAACCAUUUCUUCUGUGACGUGCCUCCCCUGGUGAAACUUGCUUGUGGGGACACUUUUGUGACUGAGAUGUUGACUUAUGUCAUUGCUGUGAUAGUCGUCACUACACCUUUUCUGCUCAUACUUGCAUCUUACGUGAAAAUAAUCUCAGCCAUCCUGAAGCUACCGUCAGCCUCGGGGAGGGCCAAGGCCUUCUCCACUUGCUCUUCUCACCUCACUGUCGUGACGAUGUUCUUCGGAUCAGGCUGCCUUGUCUAUUUGAGACCUAAGUCCAGUCAUUCAACAGGAAUGGAGAAAAUCCUUUCACUUUUUUAUACCAUGGUGAUACCGAUGUUUAAUCCUAUCAUAUACUGUCUGAGAAACAAAGAUGUAAUGGUGGCACUGAAAAAAUUCAUACAAAAGUGUAGUAAUGUAUUAUGACUCAAAAAACUUCAAAUUUCUAUUUUUAAUUUUUUUAUCGUCUUUAUUUUUUGGAUAGAGAUAGUCAGGAAUCCAGAUGGAAGAAGGAGAUAGAGAGGAGGAGAGACAGGGAGAUACCUGCAGACCUGCUUCACCACUUGCAAAUCUUUUUCCCUUGCAGGUUGGGGACUGGGGGUUCAAACCUGGGUCCAUGUGCAUGGUAACAUUUGCACUCAACCAGGUGUGCCUCCACCCAUCUCCUUAAAAUUUCUUUCUUAUUGUCACCAUUCCCAUACAUGAAUUUGAAUGUCCUCAUUUGACUGGUAAUCAUGAUUAUUCUAAAUGAAUAUUGGAUUCUCUUCUCAAUGGAAUGGGUUCAGUUGUUAUUGUUAAAUGAUAUAUAAAGCCCACACUCAGCCCAGUGGAAAUAUCUGAGAUGGUGUGCUGGAGUCAUUCAAGAUUGUUGCUGUUCUCCUUUUACUUGUAAUACGUCAUAAUAUUUCAGAUUAAUGUCUAUAUUAUCUUUUUCAAAAAAAAAUUAAAGGGACUGGGUGGUAGCAUGCCUGUGUAUGUGCACACAUUUCAGCAGUGCACAAUGACCUGAGUUCAAGGCCCCGGUCCCCAUCUGCAUUGGGAAGCUUCAUGAAUGGUGAAGCAGGGUUAUGGUUGUCUGUCUCUUUCCGGAGGGAAAAGACUUCCCUCUGAAUUUC